CAGAAGGGGCGCUGUUGUCACUUCUGCUCCCGGGAACCAAAUAAGGAAAUGACGUGCUGCAGAGCAGACGUGCGGGUUCUCAAAUAGACAACUGAAACAGACUGACACUUACACCGGGACCGGGUUUGUGAGAGGCAGAGGAGGGUGAGGGGACCUGGCGCGGACACAAUACGAGGAUGGGGGACAUAACAGAAGUUGAGACAAGAUUCUACUCCAAAGCAGAGGACUACUGGAGGGAGGUCCCCCCCACAGUGGAUGGCAUGCUGGGAGGCUACGGCAGCAUCUCCAGCAUCGAUAUCAAUGGAUCCAAGGCUUUCCUGCAGAAGUUCCUUGGUGAAGGGGAAGGGAAGACGAGCGCAGGCUGUGCUCUGGACUGUGGAGCAGGCAUCGGGAGGAUCACCAAACGUUUACUGCUGCCUCUGUUCAAGACCGUGGACCUAGUGGAUGUGACGCAGGAGUUCCUGGACAAAGCCAAGACAUACCUGGGCGAGGAGGGCAACCGAGUGGGGAGGUACCUUUGCAGCGGCCUGCAGGACUUUGUACCAGAAAGUGGACGCUAUGAUGUCAUCUGGAUCCAGUGGGUCAUUGGCCACCUGACAGACGACCACCUGGUGGACUUCCUGCAGCGUUGCCAGAAAGCCCUGCGGCCGAACGGCCUCGUCGUCAUCAAGGACAAUGUGGCGUACGAGGGCGUGGUCCCCGACGAGGUGGACAGCAGCGUCUGCCGCGACCUGGAAAUAGUUCACAGUCUGGUGGGCAGAGCGGGCCUCCGCAUCGUCCACGAGGAGCAACAGACUAACUUCCCAAAGGAGAUCUACCAAGUCCACACACUGGCUCUCAGAUAGGACGGGACAGACAGGGCUCGUAUACACAGGAU